AUGCAACAAAUUAAACCUGCAUGCACAGCUACUACGCUGCUGCAGCAGUGCAGGCAGCAGAAGCAGCAGCAGCAGCAGCAGAAGCAGCAGCAGCAGGAUGAAGAGGAGGAGGGAGAGGAAGGGGAGGAGGAGAAAGUGCAGCAACAACAGGAGGAGGAGGAAAAGGAGGAAAAGCAGCAAAUGCAGCAGCAACAGCAGAAGGAAAGACGACUGCAGCAGCAGAAGCAGCAGCAACUGCAGCAGCAGCAGGAGCUGCCGCAGUUGCUGCAGCAGCAGCUGCUGGUGCUGAUAUUUUACGCCCUUAUAUCUGAUCCUUUUACGCAGCAGCAACUGCAGCAGCAGCACAACCAAUUCAUGCAGCAGCAGCAGCACAACUGA